UCAAUGACAACGACAACAUCAUCCGUUAUAUGCGAGGAAGUGUUCGAUGAAGCUUGUCUGCCUUCAGCAGAGGAGAUAAAUGACUAUGCAAACUUAAUAGGCAUUGAUACCAGCAAGGAACCGCAUCUAUUGCAUCUAGCCAAGGAGGGUCUUAUGGCCGCAUUGCCUGCGGAGUGGAAAAUUUGCUACUCGGAGGAGAAGAACGGACAUUACUAUCACAACACGCGCACAAAGCAAUCGCAGUGGGAUCAUCCAUUGGACGCCGUCUACCGUGAGCUGGUGGAGCAGACGCGUCAGAAGCUGCUGCUGGGCAGCGCAGUUACGCCCAUUAUAGACAACUCGGAGGAUGUGUCGCAACUGGACUCGGGCAUAAGAAGCAUGCAGGGCACAGAUGAGCUGUUGGACGAUAUGAGCGCUCCGCUUAGUCAGCCGAAACCCGCCAACACUUUUCCCGUGGCCAGCGGCUUCAGCGGCGGCGUGAGUCGCUUUCUGGAGUCGCGCGGCAAGGGCUUUGGGCCCAUCUUUCAGCCGGUGAAGAAUACGCGCUUCGAGGUGGCCAAGAGCCAGCUGGGCAUGGCCGAACGCAAGAGCGCAUUCCAGCUGUCCGGCACUGGAGCAAUGUUUCUCAAAUCUCGACGACAGGAGCAGCAACAUGAGCAUGGAACUGGAGGCGUUAAGGGCAUACUGCGCGACUCGAGCUUAACGGAUAUGCGACGCAGAGUGGAGCGCGAUGAGGAGAAGAGCGUGCGUUUUAAUUUGCAGCAAGUGGAGAUGGAGCAGGAACAGCAGUCGGAGCAACAAGCGGCGACGGCGGCGGCAGCAGCAGCUCAACAGCAGCAAGAAGAAGAGCAACUCAAGAGCGCCGAGCUGAGCAACAAUUCAGAGGAAGAAGCAGCAGCUGCUGCUGCUGCUGGACAAGACGUUGCCGAUCUGGAUGAGGAUGAGGACGAUGAUGAGGAGGAGGAGGAGGAGGAAGAUGACGAUGAUGUGUGGGAUGAAGACGAUCCGGAUGCCAUGCAGGGCAUGUGCAGCCUCAAUCCGUUCAUCAGCGAUAGCAACAAGCGCGACAUACGCAUCAUAAGCCUGCCCAAGGCGCAGACCAUACAAAUGCUCAAGGAGCACACGAACAGCAACAGCAGCGACAAGGAGAACACACCGCUGGGCAUUAAGCCGCUGUAUGAGGACACCGAGGACUCGGACUCCAAGGCGAGCAGCGUGCGCAGUUUUAUAAUCAACAAGCAUGAGCAGCAGACACAGCAUUCGACGGAGUCGCAGUCCGCAUUCGAUCUGGAUGAGCUGGUGGGCAAGCAUAGCCAUGAGCUCGAGCAGCUGCAGCGCAAGUCAGCGCAGGCGGCGGCGAAUGAAAAGCUGGGCAUGCGCUCGCUCAAGAUGGCCAGCAAGCUGGUGGGACUGCUGAAGCACAAGGAGCAAAGCAAGGACACAAGCGAAAUGCUAAACGAGGCAGCCGCGCUGCAACAGCUGCAGCUGGACAUGGAGCAGGUGAAGCGCGAGCAUGAGGCGCGCCUGAAGAGUCUACGCCAUGAAUACGAUUUGCGCUUGACUUCGCAUCAGCAUCAGCUGGAGGAAGCGUUCGAGCUGCAGCUGCAGCAGCUGGAGCAACAGCUGCAGGCAAAGCGCGUGCAGCUGAUCAGCGAGCACAAGCAGCGCAUGGCCACCAUGCAGCAGAAUCAUGCCGAGCUGCUGCACGAGCUGGAGCGCGAUCUGCGCAGCGAGCAGGAGCUGCUGCGACGCGAGCAUGCGACGCAGCUGCAGCAGCUGCGCGACAGGUUGCAGCACGAGCUGCAGCUGGAGCAGCAAAAGAUGCGCGACAAUGGCGAGCAGCGGCUGUACGAGAAGCUGCGCUGCGAGAAGCGACUGCUUGAGGAUAAAUAUCGCUGCUUGAAAGAGAAAUAUGUGCGACUCAAAACUGAUGUGAAGCUGUCGCUUGAGCGACGCUCGCGUCGACGCGAAGCAGCAGCGCAGCAACAGCAGCAUCAUCAACAUCAACAUCAUCAACAGCAGCAGCAGCAGCAGCAGCAGCAGCAAUCGCUAGCGGCAAACAAUUCGCUUACUGAGCCAACGCUCUCGCAGAAACCUUCAAUAGGCAACAGCGAAAAUCGCUCGCUCAGCUACUCGGAGCAGGCGCAAGCGCUUAAGGGCGGCAAGCCGCCUGUGCCGCCCAAGACGCAUCUCAAUCUGGCCAGCAAGUAUAUCAAGCAGCUGCAGCAGGACGACAACAACACUUCGCUCAGUCAAUCGGACACGACGCUUAGCAAUAAUUAUAGCAAAAACUAUUUGACCACGCCCACUAGCCAUGGCGCCAUGGUGCUAUUGAGCGACAAUGGCAACAGCGAUUCGGAGCAGCAGCAGCAGCAGCAUAACGAGCAUAACAACAACAACGGCAAGCAGCAGCUGGCGCCGCGCAAGAAACUCUUUUCGCGCACCAAAAGCGCCAGCACCAGUCGCCUGAACGCCGCCGAGCCGGGCUCACAGCAAUACAAGCCCGAGCUGCGCGCCUGCACGCCGGUGGAGAAUCUGCGCCAUCAGCUGCAGAAGCUCGAGGAUCUGGAGGAUCAGUUUCCAGAGCAAACACUUGAUGCCACCUACCAUUUGCGCUAUCCCUUUACCGACAUAAGCAACGAGCACGCCACCGUGGUUGGCUCCGAGCUGGAGUUCUUCAAGCAUCGCAUUCAUCUGGAGCGCGACUCAGUGCGUCGCGCCAAGGAGUCGCUGCGCACGCAGCGCAGCAAUUUUCGUGCGCGUCAGCGCGAGAUUAAGCAGCGCCACAAGUGCCUGGCGCUGACUGCCACGCGCAGCAAUCUGGAGCAGCUUAUACAGGAGGAGAAGGAGCUGACCGAAAUGGAGGUGAAUCUGCAUCGCACGCGCGCGCUGCUGGGCGAGAAGGUCAUACGGCUGCGUCAUCUCGAGCAGAGUCUGCUGCGGAUCUACGAGAAGGAGAAGCCCUGCCUGGAUGCCAGCAGUCUGGAGGGGAAGCCACAUGAUGAUGCCGCCACGCUGAGCGAUCUCAGCUCGCACUCCAGCUCCGGAUUCAGCAGCACGGACUUUGUCAGCGGCGCUGCCGUCGAUAUGCACAAGCGCAAGGAAUACUUUCAGCAGGAGUCCAACGAGUGCAUACAGAAUCUGGAGAUACUCAAUGCUGAGAUACGCGAAAUUCUGGACAUUUUGGCGCAGAAGCAGCAACAGCAGCAGCAGCAGCAACAACAACAGCAGCAGCAGCAGCAGCAACAAGCGGCUGCUGCUUUGACCUUGAGCAUGCCCAUGAUAUCGCCACAUGAGCUCAGCUGGUCGCAUAUGCUCAGCCAGCCAUCGCCGUCGGCGGCCACCCCCACGCUGCCCAACACCAGCAACAGCAGCUGCUGCAGCAGCAGCAACAAUACGCUGCCCGCUGGCGCUGCUGCCGCCGCCGCUGGCGCGUUGCAUGCACCACAAUCAAUACCCACGCUGGCGGAUCGCUUGGAAACCUAUCGCCAGCUCGCCGCCGGACGCAUGCACAGCUCCAUGGGCGGCGCCAUUCUAGCGGCCAACACCAUCGUCUCGCAGAGUCCGCGCGCCGUCAAUUACACCACCAGCCUGGUGGAGCGUACGCGCGAUUUGCGCAAUUGGCUGCGUCAGGCCAAGACCGAGCAUGAGCUGCUCACUGGCAUGGGUGGCAUGCAGCAUGCGCUCAAUCUACAUGCCACAGCAGCAGCCACACCCACUCAUGCUGCUGCUGCUGCU